UAUCGCCGUGACAGUCACUCUAGCGACAGCGUCAGCUCAUCUGUCCCGCGUGUUUGUCAAAAAUUUCGUGUUUUUUGUGUCGAAAAAUCCCAAAACCAUGUCCCUGGAUAUAAUAUCGGACUAUUCCAAGGUGGAUCUCACCGAGAUACCGCAGAAAAUUCUCGAUAUGACCAAUCUGAAAAUGUUAUUCCUGGAAAGGAACCUCCUAACCAGGCUUCCCGAUAAUUUUUUCCAUAAAUUGCCUCAGUUGAUGUGGCUGGACUUGAGGAAUAAUUUUCUGAGUGGUUUGCCGAAGAGUAUCGGACACCAUGAACAUCUGGAACAUUUGUUGUUGACUAAUAAUAAGAUUGAAAGCCUGCCUAAUGAACUGGGAUUAGUUCCCACAUUGAAGGCGCUCCAAAUAGCCAACAAUCCGCUGGUUUAUCCAGACAAAAAGAUUGUCCAGGAAGGAACGAAAGCCAUUAAAAACUAUCUAGCUAAAAGAUAUGAGGAGGAGUGCGUGUACAGAUCGAACCAGCAGAUCCAGAAGAGUCGGGAUGAGAUUAGGAAGAGACUGGAGGCACUGGAAAGACAGGAAGAGAGACUCAUUAAAGUUCACGAAGAAGAAUGGAGUAGUGGAAGUCUCGACAACAACAACAAUAAGAGUAAAGCAGCCAAAGUGCCAACUAGAGAGGGAAGAUCAAGUCAGAGAACACUAAAACCCGUCACCCCCAACGCAGCCACCUCCACCAGAAAUUCGUCAAACACUUCCCUCAAACUGGAACAAGCACUGACGGUCGAAAAACUCCAGAAUAAAUUCCUGGACCCUCGCACAGUCCAGAGCAUCCAACAGCCGGCGCUUCGUGUCCAGAAACUGGAACAUCCCCAGUCAAGAUGGCCGCCAGAGGAGCCGCUAAAAAUCGUGCACAAUAUCGACAAGAGCGACUCGAAAAUCAAGCUGAAGUCGUACUACAACAAGCCCAUAGAGCUGGAUGUAGGGUCCAACGUUACGAAGUUACAGGAGAAUGCGCUGAAGGAGGAGUGGAUGAAUAAGUUACGGAUUUUGCUAAACGAUCAGGAAAGGAUUUUGCAGCAGGAGAGAAAUCUUACUUCUCUAACAUGUUGGCGCCAAAAGAGACCUUCAUCCCCAAAAGGCUUCUAUAGCAGCGACUUCAGCUCUAGGAGAUCUGAAAUUCCAUAUGCUACGUAUCCAGAAUUCGGCAAGAUUCCCAGCAGGGAGGAACUCACCUCCCAACUGCAAACCUUCCUGCGAGCCUCCGAUGUGCGACGAUCGACUCAGACGUCCAAAGUUAAUUUGGACAAGCUGAUAAACGACCUGGUCGAGCAACUGAAAGACAUGGAGGUCGAGUACGACGACGGCAAGUCGCCUAGGUCCGAAAUGGAAAAGGCUGGACAACAAAUUCAAACGAUUGUGGACAUUCAUAAAAAACUGCUCCGACUACGCUCAGUAAACGACUGCAUGUAAAACAGGACAAGGAAAGAAGAAAAUAUACACAUCAUACUCGAGUCAUUUUAUAAUCUUUAUUAAACAUAAACGUUAUAUUAAAUAUAUACCACUUAAUAUAAAACAAUUUACAGGU